CGCUCGCAUGCAACGGCACACUAUGUCGAAUUAAACUUUAUCGCAAACAUCAAUUAUUGCAUGCCGCCUGUUGCUUGUUGCAUCUUCGGUGCCCCCGCGUCUGCUCUGAUGGGCAUGACUUGACAUCGCUGAACCCCGCGACGCCUCCGCAGCUCUUUGCAAUGUCGCUGAUUCCGUACCAGUCCCACGAGGGCCGGGAGAUUGUUCUCCGCCAUAAAAACGCUAUCGUCGUACGCGAUCCCGACUCCCAACGACUUGAUAUUCGUGGCUCAACAUGUCCGACAUGUCACCAGCCGUUGCCCCAAAGCAGCAACAACUACGAUCGAAAUUAUGAAGCAGGAAACGACUCCUACGUCGAUCCUAAUUACUUUCGAAUGCUUCAUCAGGGAAAUCACGGAUUUGGCUCGGAUAGAGCGCCGUCUAGUCCUGUUCGCAGCUUACCUGUUGUCACCGCUGGCGAUUCGCCACGACACAUCAACCCGUAUGUCGAGGACGAACCGGAGGGUGACUAUGACUCCGGGCGACGCCCAUCGAAUUCCUCAGCAACUCGAAUCGAACAAGAAGCAAGAAUCCCAAAUUACUUCAAGACUUUCUUCGUAGAGGAGAAGGUCUUGGGAAAGGGUGGCAAAGGAGUCGUUCUGCUGGUACGACAUGAGAUUGACGGCUGUCAGCUUGGGCACUUUGCAUGCAAAAGAGUUCCUGUUGGUGAUGAUCAUGACUGGUUGAAAAAGGUUCUAGUCGAAGUCGAACUAUUGGCAAACUUGUCGCAUCCCAACUUGGUAUCUUACCGACAUGUCUGGCUGGAAGAUGUCAGACUUACAAUGUUUGGCCCACGUGUUCCUUGCGCAUUUAUUCUACAAAAGUAUUGUAACGGCGGUGACCUUCAUCAGCAUGUUAUUGGCGCCCCUCCGCCAGAAGCAACAAAGGAGGAACUAAAGGCACGCAUGCGCCGAAAAUCUAAGGGCCAGGCUGAGCCGCCCAAAAACCUUGGCGGCGGGAAGGGCCAAUUGGCAUUUGAAGAGAUCUAUUCGUUAUUUAAAGACAUUACAUCCGGUGUUGCAUACCUUCAUGGCGCGAAUUACGUCCAUCGCGACCUCAAGCCUAGCAACUGUCUGCUACACUGUGAGGGGAACAAGGUUACUUGUUUGAUCAGCGAUUUCGGAGAGGUUCAGCCGACCAAUGCAAUGCGUAAUUCGUCUGGAGCCACUGGAACGAUAUCAUAUUGUGCACCAGAGGUUCUUAAGAUCGACCAGUACGGGCGCUAUGGCAACUUUACGACGAAAUCGGAUAUGUUUUCGCUCGGCAUGAUAUUAUAUUUCAUGUGUUUUAACCGUUUGCCAUAUCUCGGGUCCAAUGCUAUCCAAGAAGAGCUAGAGGAUAUAGAAUCGCUGCGAGCUGAAAUUGUCGACUGGAAAGGUUUCCAAGAUGAGCGCCGAGAGCGCCCUGAUCUGCCUUCGAAACUGUACGCAUUGCUCAAGAAGCUUCUCUCUAUUGACCCAGAUGAACGGCCAAGUGCCAAUGAAGUCCUGCAUGUUAUGAAGGGUGAGACAAUUGCAGAGGGUAUCAAGCGGCCAGAGCGAAAUAUCGGCGCGUCGAUGGGCCUUCGAGGCAGUCGUGUUGAAGUUCUCGACUCGCCAGCACAACCCGGAACACCAACCCCAGAAUCCCAAAGAACCCGCCAACCGUCAAAACGGAUACUUCGAAGUGGAAGUAGUGACUGGACGCAUGUUGAUGGGCAACAGUUAGGCACAGAUUCAGGCUUUCUCAGCAGCCACUACGCCGAUACUGAACCAAACGAGAGCCAAGACGAUGACGGCUCAAUGACCAUGUCACUAGUGCUAAAUGGUUUGCAGAACAGUGCCACCUCCGCAGGACCAUCGCCUCUCAUGCCGAGUCCGACAAGCCCGAUGUCGCCAACUCGACUGCUUUUACCUGCGCCUAGAACCCGCCUGGGCAAAGUGGAAGACUUUGUGAGUGACCUAGUGGUCCGCGUUUCAGAUGUGAUGGGAAUCCCGACUCGCACGUUUCGUUUCGGGUUCAAGCUAGCACUCUUCUUAGUCAAGCUGAACGCACUGAGCAAGCCAUGCUGGCCAUUUAUGCCGAGUUUGGAAGUCGGCGCUCCACUCAUCAUUGUUGCUGCGCUGGAUCUUGCAUGGCCGGCAAACAACAGACCAAGCCAGGGUCGCUUUAUGGUGAACGAUUCAGGCGUUGGGUUGUCGAUUGUGUUACUGGGUUUACAUUUUGCGGCAUUAUGGUUGGCUCAUGGUUGGGAUUCGCUUUGCGUUGCGAGAUGGGAACAAUGAGAGCUGUAUUAGCCUCUGUAUAAACGAAAUCGUGGGUGAUACGGGAGUCAUGUUUGUUACUAAUUCAUCAGAGGCGUGUCACCCUGUGAAAGCCCCUGGUUUAACAUGUCUGUUACAAUAAACAAAACCUGCCAAGCAUUGUACCUAUACGUUGUUAAAUAAAAAGGAUUGACUAAAAGAAAAUAAAUGUUUAUACAUGUCGUCUGGUUAUCGUCGCUAUAUACAUUGUAGAUCAUCCAGGUGUUGACUACUUCCUCGCCGCUCUGCGUCUUUGGUGUAGCCGUGUAGCGAAUUGCGCAGGCUUGGCUUUCUUACCUUGAGUAAUGCUUCCAAGACCGUAGUCUGGCCGGCCACCUAGGCUUCCAAAGAUGUCGCCAAUGUAGUUAUCCGGGGCGACACCCUUGGCAAACGUACAGUUCCAGCCCUUGACGAUGCCUCGCACAAUCUCGAUCCCCGCGUUGUAGGUGUUGCGCACUGAGAUUUCGAACCCGUUCUGAUCCUGCUCCGUGAGGUGCUGAUAGUCCGUUCGUCCAGGAGGCGGGCGGUCGAAAUUGGAAC